UCUAACCUAAACUUUGUGUUAAUUUAUCUAGAUUUUAAAAAUCCCCAACUUCUGAUGGAUGAUAGCCAUGGCCUGGCUAAUGCAUGCUUUACCUGUCUCAAGCCAGAGCUGAGACAGUGCAACUAUAAUUGAGAAAGAACAGUUCCAAGGAAAAGAUUCUGACAAGACUGGUAUCAAGACUGUCAUGUAUGGCAGUGUUACAGGAAGCUAUUAUUUCCAUCAUAAUUCAUUCAAUACAUCUACAAGCACAA